UACUCAACAUUCAGCAGGACUCUCGCUGCGUUGAGUCAGUUCGCCGAAGCUCUGCGACUGGAGGGAUGUGACCCCGGAACAGGACGCCCUCCUACAACAACACACCAUUCAAACAGAGCAUAGAAGAAAGAAAAGCUGGACCAGGAGGGAGCCACAGGAGCAGGGGGGAUGAACCGCGAGGAGGCCCCAGGGAAGUCUCCUGAAGACAUGUACAUCCAACAGAAAGUGCGGGUCCUGCUCAUGCUAAAGAAAAUGGGAUCAAAUCUUACGCCCAGUGAAGAGGCUUUUCUCCGGAAUUACGCAGGCGUGGUCCACAGUCAGAUGAGCCAGCUACCACAGCACAACAUAGACCAGGGUGCAGAAGACGUGGUGAUGGCGUUCUCCCGGUCAGAGACGGAGGAUCGCCGACAGUGACCCUGGUCCCCUCCCCCCAAUUCCACCCCACUACAUCCCUCCCCACCCCCGUCCCGCCCCACACCUGAUCCACAGCAACCCAAACUACCACAAAUCUGACACUGAUGAGCUCAGGAGAGGAUGGGUACCCGGGAGGGACAGAAGAGGAUGGGGAGAGACACCAGGAGGUGGCUGCCUCCCUCGCUCUCCUGUCCCUGACUCCUCAUACAAGCUGGCACACCAUUACCUGAGAUGCACUCAAGUGCUUCACUGUGGGUUGAAGCCUCGGCAACAAGGCCGUCAGUGAAAACACUCACAAAGUGUGGGAUGAAUAUCAAAUGUAGUUUUUUUUUUUUUUUUUUUGUCUGAGUGGGUUAUUUUUGUUUUAUAUAAUUUUGUCUGUGUUGAGACUUUAGGCAGUGUUACAUGUUAUCUGCUGUGGUCACUGGAGGAAGUGACCAGUCAUCAGCUGAUUGAAGCAAAGAGAAAUAUAGUUUUGGUCAAGCAGCGAGUGUGAUGAUAGGUUGUGUUAGGGGAGAGAUUUUUAAUUAUUUCUGCUUACCCUAAUGGGGCUGAAAUUGUUUUUUGAUUUAGCUGUUGUGUUAUAAAAGCUUUUGUAUUCUGUCACAAAGAGGGCCUCAUUUAUAAACAGUUUAUGUGUAAAAGAGGAGGCGUUAAAGAUGGGUACGUCCUGUCCCACGCAGCUGUUGGCAUGUUAUUGGAGAGCAUCAACACAUCUACUGUAACCUGCACGCUGAAAGCAGAGUAGUGAUAUAAAAUCUAAUGUAUUAAUAACUCUAUUCAGACAAAUCAUUUCACUUAAUAUUCUGCUGCUGCAUAGUCUUGCAUUGCCAGACUUAUCUCCACUGCUGAAGAAUGAUCUGGCAACAUAGCAUAUCUAUUCUGGGAUAGAGCGUAAGACACUCUGGCAUCUUUGUGUUUCUUUAAACCAAUCACAACCGUCCUGGGCGGCUCCAAGCCCCGGAUGCAGCAAUGGGGCCCGAGCAAAACAGUUAGCGGAGAUGGAAGGGGCGAGACAGCCGUCAGGCUUAAUCCAAGCAACGGACAUCCAUUGAGCCAUAUUAAGUGCAGUGAGCUCCAAUAUGCAGAAAUUUUUUUUGGCGUUACUUUUAUUUUAGAAUAAUUUGACUUUCUGAUCACGCAGUGCUCACUGCUGCUGUGACCCACUGAUUGGUCGAACUAGAAAUACUAACAAACACCAAACCGUUAAUCUAACUUACUCAAGAGCUCAUUUCUCUUUGUGGAUGUUCCAUCUGACUUUUUGUUCAUGUACAAAUAUUAGAUGGACAUGCUGAUUGAUGUGUGUAUUAACACUCGUAACAGACCUGUUAAUAAUCAGUCAUGUUUAAUUAUGGGAGUUAACAGCGCAGGAUGACGAGGCCAGUGGCGUGAUCAAUGUGUAAAUGAACAACUGCAUUAGGGUAACAUAAGUGUAUUAUUUAGUUUUCUUCUCAACAAAUCUGCACACAGUUUUAUAAAUGAGGCCCCUGUUGUUGUUGUUGUUCUGCUGCUUUAUUUUGAACCAUAGGCUGUUGAGAGUGCAGCAAUGCUUUUCUCUUAAGGAAAGCUAAGAAUUAAAGACACUAGCAGACAUAAUCACAUGAAACACAGCUGUAUACACAUUCUGCCCAAACACUGGUUUUGGGUUAUUGUGACUUCUAAAACCUUUUUUUUUUUUUUUUUUUUUUUUUUUUUUUUAAUUGUACAGACAGUUGGGAAAUACAAUAAUGAAUUGAUAGUGCCAAUUGUAUAUUUUUUUUAAUCUGUGAGAUAAAAAAAAAUAACCUAAUGAUUUAAGAAAAUUGAUAGACAAGCCGUAGUUGUAAUUUAUUGUUUAUUGAAUUGACUUCCUUGAACACAUCAUUAAAGGAGGAGAACCAGUAGAUAGUUUAAUGUCUUCAGCACUGGCUCUUUGUUCACACUAAAAUCACACACUCUAAUUUUUAACUACCUGUAACUAAACACAUGAAGCCAAACAUAAGAGCUGUGUGCUAGUUCUGACUGUACUUUAUCUCUUGCACUAUUAUCAAUGGGAUAUUUGCAAAAAAUACAUUUUGAUAUUUAGGGCAGAGAUUCUAUGUUUGGUUUAAUACAUGAAAGAAAACUUUGUAACCAUGUUUUUUAUUCCUUUACUGAUUUCAACAAAAUCAAAAAAAAUUCUGUUAAUUGACUCAACUGGAAUAGCUCAAAGGAAUAUUUGUUAACAACCAACAUGUUUUUCUAGUGACAUGCUCAAUAUUUAAUGUGUUUUAAGUACAGUUUGUUAACUUGUAUAACUUAAAAAUAAUUGUAACGUAAUGUUUUAAAGCCAAGCAUGUCUGCCUUGUGGUUUAUAAUGUUCAUUCAAGUGGAGCCGAGGAUCUUUGAUGCCUUGCCACGUUAACCAUUGUUUGUACCUUCUUGACAUUUGUGGAAGCUACUUGCUAUUUUUAAAUGUUUCAGAGAAAAAAAAAAUAUUUUGUAUGGGUAACAUUCAUUAUUUGUUGUUGGCAAUAACUUCUAUUUGAAUUUCCUCAGCAAUCAUUGCGAUGUAAUCAGCCAACAGAUCUAUCACGCUGUCUGCUUAUGGCUAUGACAAAGACAUUUGUCUUUUUAUGUUUACUUUUGUUUUAAAACAUUCUUUAUUUGUCUAUGCAUUUUUUUUUCCUCUCUCUAAAAGGCGUCUUACUGUACAUUUUACGUAUCAGGGUUGUUCUACAGCCGUGUGUGUGUGUGUGUGUGUGUGUGUGUGGGAGUGGGAGAGAUCAUUGAACUUGCUAUCGGUUUUGAUUUUCAGCAUGCUGUUCAGUGUGACUAGGAUCGAUGUAUCUUUUUACUGUGAUGACCUGACGUUGCCUAAUUAACCUUUUUUUUUUGCAUUGCUUUUGUAUUUUAUUUUCCUCUCAGUCAUCAUUGAUUAGUUGGUUAUGUUUUGUAUGGCUGCUGACCAUGUAUUGACUCAAUGCUUCCAAAUCCUAUACCAACUGAACCAUUAAAGAUAUUUUAAACUGUGAAAAA